AUGGCUACAGGGGAGCAGGUCGGCUCCCUGCUGGGCUGGUCAUGGGGCUCUUCGGGGCUGUCCCACUUUCCCCUGCAGAGGCAGCAGGAGCGACGCCGGCAGAGGGCUCGGCAGCAAGAGCUGCUCCCAGCAGAGAUCCUGGGCAAGCACCCCCUGCAGAACAGAUGGGCACUCUGGUUUUUCAAGAAUGACAAGAGUAAGAUGUGGCAGGCAAACCUGCGCCUCGUCACCAAAUUCAGCACUGUGGAGGACUUCUGGGCGCUGUACAGUCACAUCCAGCUUGCCAGCAAGCUCACAGCUGGCUGUGACUACUCCCUCUUCAAGGAUGGCAUUGAGCCCAUGUGGGAGGACAGCCAGAACAAGCGUGGCGGGCGCUGGCUCAUCACCCUGGCCAAGCAGCAGAGGCACACCGAGCUGGACCGGUUCUGGCUGGACACACUGCUGUGCCUCAUUGGGGAGAUGUUUGAUGAGUACAGUGAUGAGGUGUGCGGGGCCGUCAUCAACAUCCGCACCAAGGGGGACAAGAUUGCCAUCUGGACCCGGGAGGCGGAGAACCAGGAAGGGGUCACCCACAUUGGGCGUGUCUACAAGGAGCACCUGGGGCUGUCACAGAAGGUGGCCAUUGGGUACCAGGCUCAUGCGGAUACGGCCACCAAGAGCAGCUCCCUUGCCAAGACCAAGUUUGUGGUGUGACUGUGGGGAGAGUGAGGUCCCCUAUGAGUCCCCAUGUUCUGUCUCACAAUAAAUUUCUGCACCUGAGCAUGAUCUGUGUCUCCAGGGCUUUUGGCAA